AUGGCAACUGAGUCACCCAAGGAGCGAUCCGAUGAAGCUAUUGUAACUUCUGACCACGAGCCUGCUAUCCAGAUUGAUACCAACUCGCACAAUGUCGGCCUCGACCGAUCGCACGUAAACGGCGACGGCCCGGCCAGCGCUGGGACGGACGAAAUUGCGAACAAGCAUAUUUCAGACAUUGUCGACGAUCUAGUGCACUCGUCAGAAGUUAGCAUUAGUGGAGGAUCCGACAACGAGGCAUCCCGCGGCGAUGCGACAAAGGACAAGGGUCAUGGUCGAACUUCAUCUACUGUGAAGAAGCCCGCUUCAUUCAAGUCCAUCAGUGUCAAUAAAACCUUUCUCACUACCAAGGGCACCGCAACUGUUGCGUCCAAGCCCGGCGACAAGCUAGCGGCAGCCGCCGGCUCCGCGCCCGGUGCUCCGAGUGGUGGAUUGGUGAUACCACGCCCCCGGUUAAUCGCAAAGACAGGCAGCGGCCUGGUCACCAAGUCCUCGUCAACUGCGAAUGGCCGGAAAGCAGGGUCGGCACCUGAUCCGAGUGUGGUUUGGAACAAGAACCGACCUGUACCCCCACCCGAACCAAAGAAGUAUACGGAUGAGGAGUUGAAAAAAUACGGCAUCCAUAUGGCUACCCGUCUGGCUCCGGAUGGUGCCAAAGGCCAGGCAAACUGGGCCGAUAUUGAUGACGACGACGAGGAUUGGGCUCCUGAGACGAUUACCUGGAAGGACGGAACUAAGAUUUCCAUCCCCCACACCGAGGAGCCGGCGCCAGUACCAGAGACGGCCCCUCAUAUCCCUGUGGCUGCACCGUCGCCUGUAUUCAACCAUGCAAAUACCGCUGCAAAGGAGAAUGGAGUCGUUGAGAAGCCCAAAUCUCCAGCGCCGGGUGUUGCAUCGACCAUGCUUACUAUCAAGCCUGGCGUUCUGGGGUCUGGCAAAGGACUUGUUCUCAAGGGUGUGCAAGAGAAGCCGACGCUGGUAGCGAAACCACCUGCACCCCCUACCCCUGUUAAGUCGCCGUGGGCGCCAAUUCCCAAGGUCGAUAAAGUUUCCCCGGUUAUCAUGGAAAUUCCAGGCCAGUCAGGGGCGAAGUUUCCAUCCAAGGAUGUUCCCUUGACUAAAACGAAUACCCCUCCUCCUCCCAAGGAGAUCGCGGCCGAUGACUUCAGCCGAGCGCCGUGGCGAGAUGGCGGAGCGGGCGCAAAUAGAGAGCUUUACAACUCCCAGUCGGGCCGUUAUGAACCCGUCCCCGACCGUCGUGGCUCACGACCAGAAGGCCAGCAUAACAGACAGCCCGCACUCUUGCAACGCUCUGGUCAGCAUGACCAGCAAGGACCAGCUGAGCCCUCUGCCGCAUUCCAAACUACCCGAAACAGUGAGCAGCUAGGUCCUUACGGACGACGGCGCGGCUCAUCCAAUGUCAGCGGAGGUAGUGGAUCAUAUAUUCAUCGGCUUAAGGGUCACGACAUGCCCAUGCCGCCUCCUGAGUUUAUCAAUGCCAGGCGUGGAUCAGCGACGGGAGGGACCGAUAGUCCGGCUUCGCCCAGGAAUUUCUCCCCCUCUGGCAUUCAGGGAGGUCCUCGCCAAGGACAGAACUGGCCCGCGAAAGUUUCGCCUGUAGUUUCUCACGCGAUUCCUAUUCAGCACGGCGCUGCAGGGCCUGAAGCGCGACCCGUGCCCCCGCCGGUGCAACAACCUGCCCCUGUUCCUCUAGUCACAGAGGAAGACUAUGAGAUCCAGAAACGACUAAUGCGAGAACGACGCGAGCUUGCCAUGAAGCGUCGUUUAGAGCAGGAAGCACGUGAAGAGGCAGAGCGAAAAGAGCGCAUCGCUUUGAAGCUAGCAGCUUUAGGCCCACCGCCCGAGUCCAACAAGGCCAAGAAAGCUUCGGCAAAGGAUCAAGCUACGACGCCCACACAAAUUCAGCCACGCGAGGCCCUGCCGAUUCAGGAAGUAGCUUCAAUUACUGAGGCAAAGGCAGCCGAGAAGCCCGCCGCAGUGUCAGCGACACCGGAUUCGCCGAAGAAGACAUUUUCGGUUCCGGAUGAAGCGGCCACACAGCCAAAGUCGGUAUCAGAGUCCACCGAGACUCGCGCUCAGGGCAAUACCCACGCCCACCCUUGGCCGAAUACGGCCAAACAGCCCGAUCGAUAUCCUGCGGCGACUUGGGGUGCCACACAACCCGCUACUGCGAAAAACGUUUGGGGCUCUCCCAAUAACAACCGGAGUCUUGGAAACGGGACAUUCAUCACAGAUCUCGGAACCUCGCCGCUUGCACAACUCCCUGCCAAGUCGGGACCUGGCCCAAUUGCGCCCCCAACCAGCGCACGCAGCGCCCUUGUUUCCCAGCCAGCGGCUGUUCCUGCCUCCACGGCAAGACAACCACCCAUUGCGCCUCCCAAGCAAACACAAGCAGCCGAGAUGAACGAGCGAGAACUCAAGCAGAGUGCCUGGGUCAGCGCUGUGCGUCUUGGUGACGAUGCAUUCCGCGAUAUGCUGAAUGCUCAGUACGAUGACCGUGACCGUCGGCUGCAGAAGGAAGGCCGGGCACUGACAGACAUCCAACCGGCCAUCAAGGACACUUGGCGACCCACCAAGCUUGAUGAUAGCGGCGCCCGAGCUGAGGCACCCACCAAGCAAACCGUCCAACUUGGCCAGGAAAACCCAUGGGCUAGCUCAUCAGAGGCAAAGGCUGCGUCUGUGUCGAGCGCAGCCCCUUCAGAGCACAGUGGGCGCCCCCAGAGCGCGGCGCCGGCUCCUAUCCUAGGAACCAAGCCGCCGACGGCUUCCUCGCAGACGAGGGGCUCAAGAUUCUUCCCCCCGGCCCGUGACAUCCGGCAGGAGUCAAACACUGAGGCGGCACGCCCCAAGUCACCGUCCCCGCCUCCUCCAGACAUGGCAGGCCACCCAGCUUUCGACGGCGAUGUGAGCCAUCCACAUGUCUCCUUACCCCCGCCGCCGGUUGUGGUUCGGCUGCCACCUGCCGCUAAGCCCGAGGUACGGGCGCAUGCUUCCCCUGAGGCCAGCAGCGUCUCCACAGCACCCAAGUCACAGGGACCGAGCUUUUCGUGGGCCACGACAGGAGCAUAUAAGGAGAGCGACGCGAUUCCCACCGUACCUGGCUCAGCCGUUAACAGCCAGCGGUCUUCGGUACACAAGCCGGAGAAUAUGUGGCAGGCCAAGAUUGACAGUCUUCUUGGCGGGCGAAAGACCCACACCCAUUCCAAGCCGACGAGCGGUGAUUAUAGAAACCAGAACGCCCACGAUCAUUCGGGGCGCUCCUCGUCAUCUCGGUCCAAUGCUACUUCGAUAGCCGCGAAGGAUGGGUCUGUGACGACCAAGGAUAUGGCGGAGGAAUGCUUUGAGGAGCAGGAGAUGGGAUCUUUGCCUCCCGUCCGGCUCCCUAAUGAGAUUCCGGAAAUGGCUUGGCAGCCAAGCCCCCCACCUAAGCCGCUUCCCAAGAGGUUGUUUGCACAGGUGUCGACGGCGGAGGCUAUCAGAUUCCCCCUCGAUACCAACGCAACCGGCGGUCAUGUGUGGCAUGUCUCACUCCCUGGCCACGAGCUCAAGACGAUUCCAAUUUUAUCUGGCCGUACUCGAAGCAAUCCUCGCCGAGGGGGUGUGCAGCGUGGUGGUCGGACUCCAUCCGUCUCGCACUACCGUCAGGGCAAGGGCCGAGAUGGUUCUUCAUCUUACCUGGCCGACCAGGCGACUGGCGUGUCGGGAUCCAACCCGCCGGCGAGCAGAAGCAGCCGAGGAGGCAGUUUCCGAGGACGUGACAAUUGGUCUCGGAAUUCGGCAGCACCUAUCCAAACCUAG